CUGAUAUAUAAUAAAAAAAAUUCAAUUAAAGAUUAAUCUAUACUAUAUUUAUAUAUCAACAUUCGUUUAUGGAUUCAAACAUUGGUAUCCUUUUGUUAUUCGUACAUUCCUCAAUUCUAUAUCUCAGCGCCCAAAGAAUUCAUUUUCCGCCCCGAAUCGUAGAGAAUCCAUUAGACAUAACGAUCAAUGCGAAUGAACCAGUCACACUUUAUUGUAAAGCAGAGGGGCACCCAGAACCUAUGAUUACGUGGUACAAGGAUGAGCAACAGUUAACGACUUCGAAUAGAAACGAUGAUUCAAAAGCUGUCUUACCGAAUGGAUCCCUGUUUUUCCUGAGAGUGACCCAACCGGACGAAGGCUAUUACUACUGUAUCGCUUCUAACAAAUUAGGCCAGGCCAAAAGUAACUCGGCAAGACUCCUGCUGCUAAAUACUCAGCCUUUGGAUAGCGCAGGCAAAAGUGGUCCUAGGGUAGUAGCAGUCAAUGCGCGCGAGGAUGUGGUCUUAGAAUGUGGGUUGGAUUUACCUGCGAUUAGAUCUUGGGUUGAAAAAUCGGAAUCUACGCCUAACCUUAAAAAUGAGAAGAGCGUCUGGCGGACAGUGCUCAAGCUGACUUGGAAGAAGCACAACAAUGACGAUAUAAACAUCAAAUCGAAUAAUAAUCCCACUCACAAAUUGUCAGGAAGUAAGGAGUUGAAAAUUAAUCGGGAUUAUUUUCAUAACUUACCUAAUUCUGAAGUUGAUGACCUAAGCAGUCCUCCCCACAAAUCAAUUUCACUUAAUCACGGAACCUCCUCGAGGCUAAUGUUAAACGCUAAUGGUAAUUUAGUAAUUACUAAAGUGAAUAUGACAGACGCUGGUUACUACAAUUGUCAUGUGGACGCAGUCAAAUAUGACCAGUCUUUGCAAGAUAACCCAUCCAUCAGGCACCAUAAUCAUCACAAAUCAUUGAAAUAUGGUAUUAGCAGCAACUAUAAUUCUAACGAGAGCGUAGAUAAGCACUUUAAAAGGUCGCUAAAAUAUACCUCAAUUCCCGUCAACUUGAUCGUCUUCGUCAAGCCUGAAUUCACUCAAACCCCCUCCGACGUCACGGCUAUCUCUGGAGAUGAUGUCGAAUUCGAAUGUAGCGUCAGAGGCAAACCUGACCCGACAGUUAUUUGGAAACGAAAAGGAGACCGGGCUAUACCGGACCGAUCUUUGAUGACAGAACACAAAUCGCUUAAGAUCCUGCGCGUAGAAUCUGCCGAUGAGGGCAUAUACGCGUGUGAAGCGCGCAAUAGAGCCGGAUCUGUCCAGUCUUCCGCUACCCUGACGGUUCAUUCAAGACCCGCAUUCGUCGUGGCCCCUCGGGACAGGAGAGUCAAUCUCAACGGCAUAGCUACUUUCGAUUGUGUCACCACUGGUAAUCCCGCUCCUUCUGUUUACUGGACGCGAGAAGGAAGUCAAGUCCUGAUGUUUCCUGAUAGGCCUCACGGAAGGUUCUCGGUAUCCGCAGACGGCGAGCUCAAGAUAACUGGUGUACAAAAGGAGGAUCAAGGAUAUUACGUGUGUUCUGCUUUAAGCGUAGCUGGCAGUUCCAUCGCCAAGGCAUAUCUCGAGAUAAUAGGAGGAAUGCUGGCUCACGCCUCUAAUAAUAACAAUGGCGGCGAUGAAAUGGACCGUGAAAUAGCGAAUCCCAUGGGUUUUAAUAAUCCCAAUCAAAAUUUGUACCUAGAUUAUUUCUAUCCGCCCGUGAUAGGACGGGGUCCCUCCAAUCAAACCCUAGCGAUAAGCAGUGUAGCCCUCUUACCGUGUUCCGUUCAAAGUAAUGAAAACAUUAUACGAGGUAAUGAAUCUCAUGUUAAGGUGACUUGGUUCAAAGGAGACAAGCAGUUUAUCGAUUACGACAAAUCUCGAUUCAUGAUCUUGAACGAUGGGAGCCUGAAAAUACAAGAUUUACAUAUAUCUGACACUGGCAUCUAUACCUGCUUAGUAACUACAUGGAUAUUUUUAUCUUCUGUUACUAAUUACCAAAUGACAACGCACUCAUUCAUUCCCUUGCCGUUCACCCAAACUCAUUCUCAAUCAGUGAAAGAGAAAAAAAGAGAAAAUGCUGUCCAGUUGUCAACCUCGUGGUCAGCCGCCCUUAAUGUUCAAUCCCCUUCCGAUCCUAAGGCCACUUUUCAUAGAAUUCCAGAAAAUUUUGCGCUGCCUGGUUCUCCGGGAAAACCUCAUAAAAGCCAUAACACUAAUGGCACCACCAAAAAAUCAAUAACCGUUGCUUGGAGAUCCGUUUCCGAAAUUGAGCAUGGCAGUUCAAGGAUUUUGGGUUACAUGAUCGAAUAUUUUACUCCGUCAUCCAUCGAUUUGGGAUGGAUUGUAGCAGCUCGCCGGAUAUUGGGAAAUGAAUAUACUCUCUUUGGAUUAAAACCAAGCGCAGGGUAUGUGUUUUUAGUUAGAGCCGAGAAUUCGUAUGGACUGGGGCGACCUAGUCCUGUAUCCCACCUCCUAUAUACUUUACCAGAUGAUGUCAAAGUUUCUAAAGAAGAGAUUACAGCUGCUGCAUCUUUAUACGAUCUCGCCGAAGUACAGGAGAAACUUGAAGCUUCAAAUAUUAUAAAUUUUAGAGAUGUCAAACCACUCACAUCUACAUCCAUUAGAUUGGAAUGGCAGGUGGAAAAGAACUUAAAUUACAUACAGGGGUUUUACUUAAAAUAUCGCCUUGAUCCGUCUGAUUUUCUUCAAACCGUUACACCACUUGCAUUUCACACCGUUACCCUCAUGGAUAAUACUAUAUCAUUCCAUAUAUUGCAAGAUCUGAAGAAAUUUUCUAACUAUCAAUUUAUAAUUUCUCCAUUUUUUGAUGCCGUAGAAGGUGCCAAUAGCCCAAUCGUUUCGGCCCGUACAUUAGAGGAUGCUCCCUCACAAUCACCACCAAACGUCCGAGCCCUAAUAAAUAGUGUGGACAGUGCUCUUAUACAAUGGGAAUCGAUUUCCAAAACUCAUCAUAACGGUUACCUUAGAGGUUACAAAGUUCAUUGUUCUUUCAUAUCUUCCGAUUCUGAUAAUGAUAUACAUAUCUCUCCUCAUCAAUCCGAUAUAGAACUAAUUGUUACCAAUGACACGGCCCGUUCCGCCUUGAUAACUCAUUUAAAUCGAUUAGGAUUUUACAGGAUUCGCGUAGCGGCCUUCACCAACGUUGGACUUGGACCUUUUAGCGACUUUGUAGAUAUUCUAUACAAGGGUCCCGAGUUUGGGCUCGUCGUGAAGAUGACCACCACUCCAUCCUAUCCGCGGCAGUCAGAAAAUUACGAUUAUAACAAGAGAAUAGAUUCUUCGGGUACCGGACCAGAAGCCACUAUUUUAAAUGGUUCCACUUCCACAUCUGUCGCUUAUAAAAGACCCUGGAUAAUAGCGACUGCCGUAGCCGCUCUUUGGAUAUGCGUAUUGACUUUAGCAUUCUGGUCUUAUCGUCGAGUUCGUCGCAAAUAUGCUUAUCAAAAUGGAGCGAAUCAUCAUCGUCAUAUAGGCGAUCAUGGGGCUGGUGGUGUCAUAGCUGGUUUUCAAGUAGAUCAGCGUAAUAAAAUGACCGGACUGUCUUCUAUUAUUGACCAUGAUGACGAAAAGUUUAAUGCCCUAGUGCGAUGUAGACCGGGUUCUGUCGGCGAUGAAAUUCUCCAAGAGGAGCCUUAUUAUUAUGGAACCGCAUAUUCGCGUCAUAAAGACAACCCGUCCACUAUUGGUGGUGGCAUUGGCACUGGUACUGAGCGUCGUCUCCUUUCCUCCUCUUCUGCCUCGUCAAAUGGGGCCGUCUUCAUCAGCAACCUUAAAAAUAAAACGCAUUACAAAAGUGGCGGGACCUCUAACGAUAAAACCGGACCACCUCCCCGAAAUAUUUUGUGGUUUAGCAACAAUAAUCACAAUGUUGACCCACCCAACGAAAAUGUAAACGAGAGAUGGAAUACACAACGGACCACUUUCGCCACAAACCCCGAUACCUUCACAAAUUAUUGCGCGUUGGAUAGUAACAAUCUGAAUGGCAAUAAUGACUUCGCUACCGAUAAUUUAGCCAUCUCACCAAAUCAAAAUUUUUCAUCUUCCCAAACCAUCCUAGCCAACAACGGCAUAAAUUUGGCAUUUAAAGAUGAAAAUUAUUCUUCAAAUAUUCCUACGGAUAUUUUCAACCAAGCUUACGUUAACAAUGGCAGCAUACGUCAGGACCCACUCUUUAUAGGUGCAUAUGGUACUGUUAAUAAAGCUGCUUAUUUAGCUGCCGCUAAUCAAACUUUGAAUCAUAGUAACGUCAACAACCUUAACCAACAAAUGAUAUCAAGCUUUUAUUACGAUAUUUACAACGGUGUUAAUGCGAACACUGGUGGUCACAGUGACAACACGAGUCUCGUAGGAGCCGGAGGUCCCAUCUAUGAAACGCCUCAAUUGCUACCAUUGUUAAAUGGAACAUCUUCGGGUCCGCCCACAGCUUUACCCUCUAAUCGCAUAAUACUGUUAGAUUAUUAUACUGCUAAUAACCAAAACGGUGCGAAUGUUAUCAAUGGUAGCGCCUCUGCUGACGCUGGCAAUAAUAUCAUGAUAUCUCCCCAUAACGCCCAGUUUCAGUUGAUCAACGCAUAUGGUCCUUCCGCUGCAUUAAUCACCCAAGAACAUCCAUCAAACUUGCCAAUGAAAAAUAAUGAAAACUUAAUUGGUUUAGAACACGUAGGAGCUCGUUACCUCUAUCCUCCUUCUUUAGCUCCUUUGAUAUAUUUUCAACAGCAAAGCCAAGCAAGCACUGCAGUCCAACAGCUCAAUCAACCGCUGUACCUUAUAGGAGGUGGUCCUAAUGUUGGUAUAGCAGAAAAGACUGCUAAUUCAAAUAAAAAAAUUCCUGAUAAAAGAAACAGCCUUGGAGUUUUCCUGAACGAUAACUCCCAACGUGUUGCUGGCCUCAAUAGACCUAAUAAUAUCAGCCAAAAUCAAUUUAACAACUCCUUCGACCAUAGAACCAAUCCUAGCGACGAUUAUUCUUUCUCUAUGAUAAAUCAAAACACCCUGCCCAAAGAACCUAAAACCCCUUUGUCUUCCACUAUAAUAGCUAAUGACGACCCUAAUAAAGGCCGUAAAAUAACCGGGGCCAAUCAUAGUUUAGUUGCUGUCUGCCACUUGCUCGACGAUUCGAUAGAAAAAAACUCAACAUGCAAUGAACGUGAAGAACAGGAAGAAAAUCAUGACCAACUACCUGAUUCGGCGGCUAAAAAACGCCUCAAAAAACGAUCAAAAACCGGGGCCAACGUGAAGGAAAACGAGAGUAAUUCUGUUGGUGAAGGUGGUAGGUCUCACUCCUCUAGCCAUCAUCAUAAUCAAUAUCACAAAGCUUCCAAAAAGAAGAAGGAGAAAGAGGGCAGAGAUAAAGACAAGGAUAUCAUAUUUAAUGAUAAAAAACAAGGCUUAACAUCUACACUUCUUCCCAAUUUCGUCAAUAUAUGCGAUGUCAUUCCACCCCCACCUUUGCCCUCAGUAGUUACUACCCCUGAUAAUAAAAACGACGAAACCACUUGGAAUAAUAAAAUUUAUUCCUCUCAAUAUAUCAAGGAUUAAGCAAUAUACUCAAAAUUAUAUAUGAAUUACGGUUUUCGCUACAAGGGUUUUAGGUAUUUUUAGAAAAGGG